UGAAGAUGAUCAAUUGAAUUUGAUUUUCAACAAGAAUUCUAUGUUGUCUACUCAAUCGAUCUCAAGUGAAGACCAAAAAGUCAACGAUAUUCUGCCAUUGAGGUCACUUCCUUCUUUUGUUUACCCCACGUCAACCCCCACCCUUCCCUAUACUCUUUUCAUUUUUCUGCAACCACAUAUAAAUAACACGAUCACAAACACCCUUAUCAUUUGCUUUCAAAAAGUAUCUCAUAACACCGAUUGAAGCUAUAAUCGCUAUGGCGGAUAAGUGGUGGGAUUCAUCUUUAAGAACCACAACUUCAUUGGAUUCAGCAUCUGUCAGCAACCCCAUUAACGUCUACCAAGACACCGAUACUCCAAGCACAACCACCAUGCCCAGCCUCACAGCCACCGCCAACGCCACUUUCAGUACAGCCACCAAUACCACAAGCUUACACAUGAUGGGGUUGAGACUUUCUUCAAACUCACCUCCACAGUCGUUGGAUUGGAAUCCAUCUUUACUUCGCGGAGAUGAAAAGAGCGAAAACAGUUUUCAGAAUCUACUUCAAGAUCAAGAUCAUAGCUUGCGAUUGAAUACAACAAAUUUUCAGCUAGAAAGUAACCAAUGGAGAUCAGAUAAAAUGUAUGCAUCUAAUUCACAAGAUUCUUCGUCGGAUUUGAAGCAAUAUAACGCGCGUAUGUCUCACUUGGAACAACCGAUGCAAGAGAGUGAUAAUGAGAGCAUAAUUACAUGUCAGGGAUUGAAUUCAAGCUUCCAAAACAUGGAUUUAUAUGGAAGCUCUUCUACAAUGAUGCAAAAUUUAUUCGGUUCAGAUAGUAAUCAACAACAGGAUUCGAGCUUUGAUCAAAACCAAGGAAUGAAUUAUUCUAUGUAUCAAUCAAGCUAUGACGACAUGAACAAGCAUGUUGGUGGUGGCAUUGGUGAGGAGUUCGUUGUAAAUUCAUCUAAAAAAGUGCAGUUGGCUGAAAUGGGUGCCAACCAAGUCCACUUCUCUAACAACACAAGAUUUUGGAAUGUUGCUGAAACCGGUGUGAGCAAUAUACGAGCGACCUUCUUUCCAUCUUUCCAAAUGCAAUUGCCUUUGUCAACCAUAGAAGAUAAACCAAAGAUUACAUCAGGAGUAACCAAAGAAAGCAUAACCGAACAGUCGACCAAAAGACCUAGAAAUGGCCACCAAUCCCCUUUACCAUCCUUUAAGGUGAAAAAGGAGAAGAUGGGGGACAGAAUCACUGCACUCCAACAAUUAGUUUCACCUUUUGGAAAAACAGAUACGGCAUCUGUGUUGUCUGAAGCUAUUGAAUACAUCAGAUUCUUACAUGAACAAGUUAGUGUUCUAAGUACUCCAUAUAUGAAAAAUGGAGUGUCCACCAUACAACAUCAACCACAAAAACUACAACAGACAUCAGAAAAAUCAUCAGAUGGACCAAGACAUGUCCUAAGACGUCGUGGGCUUUGUUUGGUGCCAGUUUCAAGCACGUUUCCGGUAACACACGAAACAACAGUUGAUUUCUGGACACCAACAUUUGGAGGGAGUUUCCGAUGAGAGAUCGUAAUAAUGACAUGAAGUUAAAGUAUAUGAAUAAUGAGAAACAACAAUAGAGCUCGUGGGAGAUAAAUGUAGGAAGGUAAAAGAGGAAGAAAAUGGCACGAAUAUUUGAUGUUGAGGCAAAACGAUGCAUAUUUGGCCAAUAUCUUUCUAAUAGAAUAUGAGUCUUGUUUUAAUAAUAGUAGUCUAUGUAACAUUCAAAAAAAUUUAAAAAUUUUAAAACUUUUAGAUAAAUCCAAAC